UCGAUAGAGGUGAAGGCAAUGGUAAUAAAGGCUACAAUGGUUAUAGUGAAGGAGGAAAUAGUGAAGGAGGAAACGGUGAAAAUAGUGGAAAUAAGAAACGGGGUGGUAAAAGUGAAAACGAAGGGUCUGAAUCUGGGUUUGGAUUUGCAUCCAACAGUGUAAAUAAGAAACGUGUAUAUAAGAAACGUGGUGGUGAAGGACAAGGACAAGGCCAAGGUGAUAACCAAGGUUCAGGAAACGGAUCCAAUGGUAAUAAUCAAGGUUCAGGAAACGGAUCCAAUGGUAAUAACCAAGGUUCAGGAAGCGGUUCCAAUGGUAAUAACCAAGGUUCAGGAAACGGUUCCAAUGGUGUAAAUAAUAAACGGUAG